GCGGACCUAUUAGUGGCGGAACCAACAUUAUUUUUCAAGUUGCUUGAAAACUGCCUAAAUGGAAAUCAACAUGCAACAUCAAUGAUCAACUGAAACCCUAGCAAUAUGUUUGGUCAAGGCUUUGGUCAGUCGGGUGCAGGAACACCUGUAUUUGGACAGGGAGCAACUGGUCAAAGUCAGCCAGCAUUUGGUACUGGACAGGCGGCCACUGGUUUUGGCACAAGUGGACAGUCAGCUUUUGGAGUAACAAGCUUAAGCCAGUCAGCAUUUGGACAGACACCAACUGGAUUUGGAAGUACAUCACAGCAGACUAAUUUAUUUGGUGCAACUACAAGUUCACCAGCAUUUGGCAGUUCAUCGUCAGUGUUUGGUACAGCUACUAGAGCAACAACUUUUGGUGAUGGCCAUGGCACCUCUAAUUUUGGAAUCACAUCAACUACAAGUUCUUCAGGGUUUGGUCAAACACCUGCAUUUGGUGUAACCACAGGUGCUAGUCCAUCAGCAUUUGGUAUGGCUAGUGCCUUCGGAACUGGCACAACCACCAAUGCUCCAGCUUUUGGUUCAGGUCAGACAACUAGUGGAUCUUUUGGUAAUGCAACAACUUCAUCAUCUGUGUUUGGCGGUUCAGGAUCAAGUACAUUUGGCGGCACAGCAAAAUCAACCUCUGUAUUUGGUGGUACAAACCAAACUGUUUCAUCUGGUUUUGGUGGUUCUGCACAGGGCACUAAUUCAUCUGUAUUUGCUAAUUCAAACCAAGCCACUUCUACAUUUGGUGGUACUGGACAGGGCAGUUCAACAUUUGGUAGUGCUGGACAUGGCACUUCAACAUUUGGUGGUGCUGGCCAGGGCAGUUCAACAUUUGGUGGUGCUGGCCAGGGCAGUUCAACAUUUGGUGGUGCUGGUCAGAGCGGUUCAACAUUUGGUGGUACUGGACAGGGUAGUUCAACAUUUGGUGGUGCUGGUCAGAGCGGUUCAAUAUUAGGUGGCACUGGUCAGGGCAGUUCAACAUUUGGUGGCACUGGUCAGAGUGGUUCAGCAUUUGGUGGCACUGGUCAGAGUGGUUCAGCAUUUGGUGGCACUGGCCAGGGCAGUUCAGCAUUUGGUAGCACUGGUCAGAGCGGUUCAACAUUUGGUGGCACUGGCCAGGGCAGUUUAGCAUUUGGUGGUCAAACAACUUCAGUGUUCAGCAGUACUACAGGAUUUGGUACAGUAACAACAGCACAGGCACAAACAGCUUCUGGGCAGCAACAAAAAGAUACAGGGUCGACAGCCAGCCUGUUUGGUGGUACUACCACAACCAAUGUUUUUGGUGGUUCCUCCAAGACCAGUGUAUUUGGUGGCCAGGAGGGGAAAGCUCCGACAGGAAGCACGGCCAACCCUCCUUCACUUUCAGGAGCGACGGGAGAUCUCUCAAAGCAGCUGCAUCCCCCAAGGACAACAUUUAUCAUCAAGACAACACUGUCAGCAACUGGGGAUGACAUGAAAGGCUCAGGUUCUGGGAAACCUGGAGGGGCUUCUGUGGCCUCACAGGAUCAGAAGCUGUUUGGCGCACCCUCAGCUGACCAGAGUGGUUCUGAUGUCACUGGCAAGCGUUCGUCUUCCACGCAGCUCUUCAGAAAAACAGGUUAUGGUAACCAAAACCAAGGUCUUUUUGGCAAGGGUGGUACCAGUGACACACGCAAGUUGGGGAGGAAAACAAGUGACGACGCAGAUGAAGCUCCGAGGGCAAAGAAGACAAUGUUACGCCGACUGUCAUCUGUGUCCAGUGAUAUGUCAGACAAGAUAACGAUUGUGUGUAGAAAUGUGCCAGCUAAAUACAACAAUGCUAGGGACCUAAGAAGUCACUUCUCAAAAUUUGGUCAGGUGAAACGUACUUUUCCAAACACAAGACGACAGCAGGCUACAGUUCACUUCGACACUCACGAAGAAGCCGCCAGUGCUAAGCGACAUGGCAGUAGGAUAGACAACGAUAUGAACCCAAUGGAGAUCUUCUGGGGUCGGCACAAUGUGACCUCACCUCAAGGGCAAAAACAGGCGGAGGAGUCGACUGGCAGGACUGGUGAACAUGGAAAACGGCGGGCCACAGAUGGCCAUAGAGACAGACCUGCACAGUCGUCAAAGUGGAUAAAGAGUGAGGUGGACGAUGAACUAAGCAGUAUGGCUGGUACAUCAGACAUCAACAGUGGAGCAAUGGAAAGGGAGGUGAAACGUCCCGCCCCUCAGACCCGGCCCGCACGGAAUCUCAGUCCCAUGACACGCACCAGACAAGCCAGUCCCGUCCCAGUGACUCCAUCAUCCUCUGCCGAUGACGUCAAGAUAGGAAAAGAUUCCUUGCGGACGUUGACUAAUUCCGUGGUUCACACUGUGGCCGACAAGAUCCAGAUCCUCAAACUCAGAGACAAGAUUAUCAGACAUGGGCGUACAAAACAGUCGAGUUUGGCCACAGCCAAAGCAUUCGUAGGAAAUUGUCCUGAUAUGUGUCCUGAGAUGGAGCGCUAUGAUAGACAAGAAAAACGACGUCUUCACCCAUUUGAAACUUUACAAGGAGUUGAAUUACAGCCUGGAAUGAACCCCAUAGCGGAUCACCUACGAGCUGUGAAGGAGUACAGUAGAUCCUCUGCAGAUCAGGAGGAGCCACUUCCCUAUGAGUUACGCCCCGUAUCAGUACUGGUGAUGACAAUGAAUUAUCUGCUGAGUGAGAUAGCAGACAAAGGAAGUGACGGGACGUGGGGAGAUUGGUUUGACUUCCUGUGGAAUCGUAUGCGAGGCAUUCGUAAGGAUAUUACACAACAGCAGUUGUGUGACGUCCACACAGCAGAACUCCUGGAGAAGUGUGUCAGAUUCCACGUGUUCUGUGCGGAGCGUCUCUGUGAAGAAGACAUGUUCUCAUUUGAUGAAAAAAUCAACAACGAGAACAUGACAAAAUGUUUGCAGACCCUGAAGGAACUUUACCAUGAUCUGUUGAAGAAACACAAUACAUACUGUCGUAACGAAGCCGAGAUCAGGGCCUACAUGAUCCUUAUGAACCUGAAUCAGGGUGAUAUCCUAAGGGAAACACAGCAACUGCGAGCAGAUGUAAGGAACUCCAUUCAUAUUCGUUUUGCACUCCAAGUGUAUUCGGCUCUCAACAGUCACAACUACGUUAGAUUUUUCCGACUCGUACGUGAUGCUUCAUACCUCAAUGCCUGCAUCAUGCACAGGUAUUUCACUCAAGUCCGCGGCGGAGCACUAAAACGAAUCUUAUUUACCUGUGGGAAGGGACAGCACAAGUAUGCUAUAGAUAAUCUUGUGAGAAUCCUUGCGUUUGAGAACAGCUCCGAGGCAGCCGACUUCUGUCAGUUUUACGGACUGAGGGCCAACACCAGUACAGUAAUCUUGAACCGGUCCGACUUUAUACAACCAGAGAAUAACUGGCUUCCUCGACGAGCAGAAAGACUGAUUGAGUCAAAACGUCUCGUCAGCAUCGGGGAGGUUAUCAACGGAGCAGCUCUGUCACCAGUUAACUUACCUACUCCAUCUUUUAGUUUUGAUGAUAAUGGCAAGUUUGUGGCUAAUAUAGGUGUGUCUAUGACAGAUAUGGUAGACUCCCCUUCUGUUUUAUCAGAUAAAUUAGAAGUAGAUUCCAUGCCACCCACUGUUGCCCCACCUCCUUACCCUGGACCAAGCUAUAGUCAGCCUGGGAAUAAAGUGGAAGCAGGCCUGGAAUUCAAACCACAAAUACCCUCCCAGUCACUGCCAACAGCAGUUACACAGCCUGUCCAACCAAAACCACAGAAGUUCACCAACCAGGAUGUGAAGGAGUGUGCCAAAAUGCUGUUCUGGGAGGUCAUUGACGAGUUCUGUGGUCAGGCGUCGAGGGAGACAUACAGCGAAGUACAGACUUACCUUGACCAAAGUCACGUCAUUGUACACUCUCUGGUGGAGGAGGUUCUUCACGAAAAUGUCAGUGCCCUGUCUAUAGCCUAUUACAAUGAGAUCCAAGUCCUACGUCAGCGCCAGCUCAAACAGGAGAGGGAAGCCACACUGAAGAGGGCCAUGGCCACGCUUGUCUCCGAGGUCAUCAAGGACGUGACCAAUCAGGAACUGCUCAACCUCGCCACAGCCAAGGUCAGGGAGGUCAAGGCUGAACUGAAGGAGCAACAGAAGGCUAGGUGUUCCAUAGAUGUCGGUGAUGACAUUGUAGAGGAUGCAAUGGGAGAACUGGUACAAUCUGUAGCCGCAGAUGUCUAUCAGAAGGACGUGGUGGAAAGACUGGAGAAACUCGCAGAUAUUGAGAAAUGCAUCCAGCUCAGAAUAGCUGGCAGGUUCCUUCAGGUUUGGAAAAAGGAAUUCUCUGCACGACAGAAACUAAAACGUGGCAUGCUCACCUUCCCGUCUGCUCCUAGUAUGGACUCAGCAGCGGAACAGAUCAACAUGCUUAUCCCCGACAGGAGAGAGGAUGGAAUCAUAGGAAACAGUUUCUCCAUCAGUAGUGAUGGCAGGCUCUCACUGGCAUCAUCCAUAGAGCUGUCCAGUCAAAGAUGGGUUGGUGCAAAGCUUCUAAGUGCCCAUGAAUUAUACCAGAAUCUUUGUCACUGCAAGGCUUGGCAGCCUUUUGAUAUUGUGAAGCUUGUGGGAGGAAAUGUACAGAAAAUCCUUCACAGAAAACUCAAAGGUGAUCGACCAGCCCCAAUCUACUGGAAGUUGUUGCUAUCCCUGCCAGAUCCCGAUACCUGUGACACAGAGGGGGACAAAAACGCAACUGGUCAUCUCAACCUCUGGCUAAGGUCAAAGUUCUCAAAAAGUUCAACGGCUACAGGUCAGGAGGAAGUGCUGAGUCUGUACAAGGCUGACCUGAUGGAGGAUGACAACACCUCACCAUGUAAACUGUGUGUCUGUGUGAGAGCCAUCAAGGGGCCACAACCCCGUAGGGGCAGACAGGGUGUGGAGGACCUGAUGGGGGUCAGCGGGAUCAUCCUGGUCCUACCCCCGGGCAUGGAGGAUGAUCCGGAUUCUAUCUACUGGAAAAGAGUGCGUCAGAGGUUGGACAGUCUACUUGAACUGAAGCCGUGUAGACCAGCAGUGUCUCUGGUCAUCCUUUGUCCAGUGUCCACAAGUCAAUCUAUGGUCACUGACGAUCUGGUCCGGCAGAACAUCAUGGACACAUACCUUAAUCUGGACAAAGUGUCCAAUGUCUACAUACUCGAUGUAGAUUACAGAGAUGACCUUGAAAUGGGAUUCGACCUUGACAGUUUGUCAUUAUCAGCAGAGCUUGGGGAGGCAGUACAGUGGCUGGGAGAGGAAUACCCCAGCUCGCCACAACUGUGUGUUAACUACAUACGGGACUUCAUUGACUCCACCAUUCAUAAGCACUUCUACACCCGCGUACUCUACAACCUCAAACAGAGGAAGGUCAAUGGCUGUUUACAUCAGAGGCCGAGCGACCUGCUGACACUGUAUAAUGAUGUCAUUCGUCACAUGGGAGAAGUGAUUACCUCCCCUAGACUUCUCGACAUCUCCUGGCCUGUCCCAGAGUUCAGUCGUUCAAACACUGUUGAAGGGCUUCCCACUCCCUACUGGAAUGAUGAGGAUCACCUUGAGUAUCUGGGUAGCAUCAUCCAGGAACUGGAGUUACCAUGGCUACAGGAUAUUGACCUAGAAAACACAGACUGGUCAGAGGUGUGUGAUGAGAUUUGGGCCUUUGUCCGAAGUGUGGCUGCAGAUGACCAGGGGUCAGCCAAGGUGGAUCUUGUUUCCAAAAUGCGUCUGCUGCUGAAGAUGAUACGUCGAGAUUUUGAGGACACCUGUUACCUAAUGGAGGGAGAAAACCGUUGUGAGCCGAGUUUUGAGAAUGUACCGUGGACAGACGUGAUCACUGCCUGUAUAGAAUAUAGGAUGGCAUCCGUUAGUUUUACAGACCCACAGAUGGAAGAUUUAGAGUCAGAUGACCAGGAGUUGAAAGUAGUGUACUUCAACAGCCACUUGAAGGCUUACAAACCUCCUGAUAGCUGGACCUACCUGGAGAGUCAGCGAGAUAUCACAGGUCUUCCAUCCUUGAACAACACCGUACAGACUGCCGUAGACAAAGCUCGGGAGGCUAAGCUAGAACAGAGUAGGAGACAGGACAGAUUACAGGACUCCCAUGUGACGUCCACAUCAUGUGCUAAUAUUGACCUUGACCCUUUGUCACAGGAGGAAAUGGCAGCCAAGGAAGACACCUGCCGUCUGCUUGAAUCUGUUAAAACUGAACGCCGCGAAUCUCAGAAAUUUGAUCGGUAUCUUCAAAAAGUUUUGAAUGAAUUUGACGCAGAUAGCCCAGACCAAACAUUCGAUAGAAGUAGUUCGUUGUUGUUCAAUCCCAAUUAUACUGUACCUCCAGAAUUCAUGGAUGCUUCCGGAAUAGAGCCUUCUGUGUUUGGUGACUGUAUUACUCCUAAGCGAUACAGUUCAGAUCUCCCCAGAAUUUCUGCCUUCAAGCUGCUGGAUACUUCAACUGCUGACCAGUCAGCUUUGGAGACAGUUGAAGCAGGUGGUGUGUCUGACAAACUGGCAAAGUUAAAAGAAGAAAUAGUGCUAUGUAGGAGAUCUAGUGACAUAUUUGAACAGAAACUUCAGCUUUUGAUUGAUGAUGGACUCUAGAAAACUUUUGUUAAUUUUUUGGUUACGUAUCUCUGUUACAUACUUGGUAAAUAUGCUUUACACGGAAAUCGAGUGCUAGAAUGAUGGUGUGUAACGAGGACUGCAAGGAAGUAUAUAUAUAUAUAUGUUGAUCAAGAUCAUGUACAAGAAAUAAAUUUGUUCAUCAAAA